AUGAAAAACACCCCUAGCAGUACGAAUAUCGGCGCUGAAAUUGACUGUCUGAAAGGAAUCAGGGAAAUAUCUCUCAAUAAAGAUCUAGUUUCGUUUGUCGAACAGUCCUAUGCAUCACUUCAGUCGCGGAGAGCCUUAAAACGACGAGAUCCCUUUAAGAGGUCUCUGCUUCAUUACGCUGCUAUGGGGGAUAGUAUCAACCUCCUCCAUUACCUCCUACAAAGCGAGCUAGAUGUUGAUUCUCGUGAUAUGUACGGGCGGACUCCCCUCUCCUGGGCUGCUGAGUACGGCUCAAUGCACGUUGCGAAGGUUUUACUGGAACGAGGAGCAAAUGUCAAUGCAAUGGACUAUGAGGGCAGCACACCAUUGACAUGGCUGAUACACGCCGGCAAUCCUGAAAGCAAGCACUUGGCGGCUACGGAAGCUCACCUAAAAGAAAGGGGCGCCAGAGAAGAUACGAUGAGGGGCAUCAAGCGGGCUUGGGUUUGGCUUUUGACUUAUUCCCACUUGCUCCGACAUGUUCGCCCGCGCAUCUAA